AUGAGUUGUCAGUCUGACACAGAAAUGAGUUGUCAGUCUGACACAGACAUGAGUUGUCAGUCUGACACAGACAUGAGUUGUCAGUCUGACAAAGAAAUGAGUUGUCAGUCUGACACAGAAAUGAGUUGUCAUUCUGGCACAGAAAUGAGUUGUCAGUCUGACACGGAAAUGAGUUGUCAGUCUGACACAGAAGUGAGUUGUCAGUCUGACACAGAAAUGAGUUGGCAGUCUGACACAGCAAUGAGUUGUCAGUCUGACACAGACAUGACUUGUCAGUCUGACACAGACAUGAGUUGUCAGGCUGACAAAGAAAUGAGUUGUCAGUCUGACACAGACAUGAGUUGUAAGUCUGACAAAGAAAUGAGUUGUCAGUCUGACACAGACAUGACUUGUCAGUCUGACACAGACAUGAGUUGUCAGGCUGACAAAGAAAUGAGUUGUCAGUCUGACACAGACAUGAGUUGUAAGUCUGACAAAGAAAUGAGUUGUCAGUCUGACACAGAAAAGAGUUGUCAGUCUGACACAGAAAUGAGUGGUCAGUCUGACACAGAAAUGAGUUGUCAGUCUGACACAGCAAUGAGUUGUCAGUCUGACACAGAAAUGAGUUGUCAGUCUGGCACAGAAAUGAGUUGUCAGUCUGACACAGACAUGAGUUGUCAGUCUGACAAAGAAAUGAGUUGUCAGUCUGACACAGAAAUUAGUUGUGAGUCUGACACAGACAUGAAUUGUCAGUCUGACACAGAAAUGAGUUGUCAGUCUGGCACAGAAAUGAGUUGUCAGUCUGACUCAGACAUGAGUUGUCAGUCUGACACAGACAUGAGUUGUCAGUAUGACACAGACAUGAGUUGUCAGUCUGACACAGACAUGAGUUGCCAGUCUGACACAGAAAUGAGUUGUCAGUCUGGCACAGAAAUGAGUUGUCAGUCUGACACAGAAAAGAGUUGUCAGUCUAACACAGAAAUGAGUUGUCAGUCUGACACAGCAAACACAUAA